AGUUUUCCAAUAAUGCAGCAACGUAACCAAAUCUAGUGAUUAGCCCAUAAUUUAUAAAAACAAACGUUACCAAAAUCAACAUAGCCUUGGUCCAAUAUAAUUUCUUCAUUGAUGUUGACAUGGUUACAACUGGUUUUAUCUUAAUCUCCUUGAUGACGACACCACGUAUCGAAUCAUCGAACCAGAGGUUUGAGCAGAAGCAAGAGCGUGUGCAUUGCAACCAAACACCGGCUAUUGACAUUGAAUUAUAAUUUAUAAGAACAAACCGACAAGAUGCGUGUCCAAGGGGCGUCGGAUCUGAUAGCUACAGCUUUGGUGAUGUCCGUUUUUACUUUAAUACUAAUGACUGGUUCUAAAGUGGAUGCAAGUACAACCUCAGCUACUACUGCAACGACUACGACAACUGUACCAGGUUCUUCUCAGGCAGCAAAUGUAGCUGACGCCACUACGACGACUGCAAUGACACCCUCAGUAUCUGCCUCAGCUUUGACAACGGCUUCAACGACAGCUUCUGCACAAACGUCUGGGUCGGAUAACUCUAACACAAAUGAUCCGAAUAACUCAAACUCUGGUUCCUCCGGUGAGUCAGCAUCACUAACACCUGUGACUAGCCCGUCAUCAAAUCCUUCAGCCAAUACUAGCAGUACCACAAAUAAACAAAAUGGUGCGGCGGAUUUGUCACCAUCAAGCUAUAACCUUUGUGUUUACGUGUCUUUGUCUAUCAUGUUCUACUUCUGGAGAUAAUCAAGAAUGCAACAAUAGCAUGGCUUGAAAAACAACACCUUAUGACGCUGAAUCUUGCAGCUGAAUGGGUGGUUUUGUGUGACUGAUUCUUCGAUUUAUACUACUUUUAAUUAGAUAUUUAUUUUCCUUCAAACUGUGAUAUUUUGAGUAGUCAAAUUGAAAAUGAUUGUGCUCUUGUAAAUUAAUGUAAUGUUAUUUACAUGUAAAUGUUUUUGUGAUUUUAUUUUUUUCGUUUACAAUAUGAGUUGUAUUUUUUAGAAUUUUAUUUUGCUGCAAAAACCUGCUAGUAUGAUAUUUCUACAUGUAACUUAAAACAUUUUAUGAUAAAUAAGAUUUGAAAAAAUCAUUUAUUUUUCUUAGGAAAAAGAUUUCACUUAUAAGAGAUAUAUAGCAGAUCAAUUUUUGUACAGGAUGACAAUAAUUCAAUUUUGCUCCAAUUAAGGCUUCUGAAUGGCUUUUCCCACAAAAACAGAGCUAACAGAAAUUUAAAAACCAUGAUAAUUUCUGUCAUUUUAGUAGAAAAUAACAUUUUCUUUAAAAAAAUUUCAACGUAAAAAUUGCAGUUCAUAUUGCUUUAAAAGAUAACAAAAAGUAGAUUCCCAAACAAUAAAAAUGUGACACUUAAAUAGAAUAUGAUUUCAGUUUCUGAUUGUAUAUAAUGUAUAUGUAUUAAUAAAAGUGUAAUGUGUUUUUUUUUUUAUGAAAGAAGUCUUUCGUGAAGUAUAUUUGAUAAAUUAAAUUUUUAAUAAAUAUUGAACGCA